GCUAAAUGGCAAUUUAAACCUGGUUGGUCCUCCAACGACUGCAAACACCCAGGUUUUUUCUUGAUCGGCUCCCGCAGGGAAAUACAAAGUAGUGAAAGGGAUUAUUUCGCCUGUGGGGGACGCCUAUCUGAAGAAGGGCCUGAUCAGCGCCAGUCACCGAGUGGCCAUGGCGAGGCUCGCUGCAGAAAACUCAGACUGGCUGGAAGUCGACGACUGGGAAAGCAGCCAGAAAGAGUGGCAAGAAACCAUCAAAGUCCUCAGGUAUAGAUUUUGCAACCCGCAAGAUAGCAAACAUGUUGAAGCCUCAGAAGGUCAUCAAACAGGAAGGGGAUUUGUUUACUAUCAGGACGACAUGCACUUUUCAAAACAAUUUUGUUGAGUUCAAAAUUGGAGAGGAGUUUGAGGAAGAUAACAAAGGACUGGACAACCGAAAAUGCAGAAGCGUGGUGUCUUGGGAGAAUGAUAAACUUGUCUGCACCCAGAAUGGAGAAAAGAAAAACAGAGGGUGGUCGCAUUGGAUCGAAGGGGACGAACUGUAUUUGGAGCUCCGUUGUGAAGGGCAGACAAGCACACAGGUUUUCAAGCGAGGGUGACACUCAAAACAGGAUUCUUCAAAAGAAGAGCUGUGCAUGGCACCUUCAAGGCAGCACGACGUCUUUUCAUUGCAAGUCAACAACGUGGAAACUUCAGUAUUUUCUCCAUUUUCUCCUUCUCGGAAAUGCUC